ACGCGUUCUGAACCAACCAAGUGAUCUAGGUAGUCAGCUAACUAGGUUUUGAGACACCGUCCGUGUCUAUGCAGGGACGACUGUCUGGGCUAACAGGAACCGAGUGAGAUUAUUUGUCUGUCGCUAACUAACAGCACUCUAUGGUCCAAACCCUGGCUUUAGUCGGAAUUGCCAGGCAUGCGGAUCAGGCUGCAGGGCUCUGGCCACGCGGGCCGUCUCCUCUCCGAGCUCAACCGCUGCCGUCUGUCUCGCCUCCUGUGUGACGUCAUCCUCCAGGUCGGAGGCCGUUCCUUCCCUGCUCAUCGUGUGGUGUUGGCAUGCUCUUCCAGGCACUUUAACAGCCUCUUUUCCAGAGGUUCUGGCAACCAGGGUGCCGUUCCCACCACUUUCUCUCUGGACUUUGUCUCUGCCGCCAAUUUCGAGAAGGUCUUGACUUUUAUCUACACGGGUGAGAUUUUCACAGACUUGAUCGAUGUGGGUGUGCUGUACGAGUUGGCGGAAAGGCUCGGCAUAAGGGAGUUGUUGAACGCUUGCCAUGCCACCUUUCCUGACCUGCAGAGCUCCAGCUCUGGAGACGCGGUUGCCGAAGGGGAUUUGGAAAGCGAUUUGGUGUCGGCCAAUGCCGCGGCUGCGUCUGUUUGCUCGUCCUCUGCAGCAUCCUGCUCCUCGUUGUCUUCUUCAGCCGCUCCCACUCCUGUAACUCCAUCUCCGGUUUCUCAAGGCAGGAACGGCAGGUUGAAUCGCUUCCACUUGGCCAACCAGUCGCCAAAAAAUGAAGACUUGCAGGUACAUUUGGGUUACAAUCAACAGGUGACCAACAAGGCAAGUACUUCGGACAGUAACCGUUCUACAGAUGCUCUUCCUGGACUGACUUUGCAGCUCAAGACUGAGCAGGAGGAUGAAGGAGAAGAUGCAGGAAGUAACUCAGUGGACCAGCUUGUUGUUAAUGGUAGCAAAUCAACGUUUGGGCCUCAGCACCCAUGUUCCGUCCCUGAUUCUUCAGCCCAGCUUGGAGAGGAAACCUGCGCCCCUUCGUCGUCCUCUAAUGACCCCUUGGACAGUUUGCAGCUGGGGGCCGUUGCGGGACCAAUCAAAGAUUCUAGGAAGAGGCACCGACUACAGGAAGAGCAGACGGAUGGCAGCGAUCAGUGGCGAGGACUUUCAGAAGACAUCAUUGAGCUGAGCGACGAGGAGGAGCACUUCAUUGUGGAGGAAGAGGACGACGAGGACUUGAUGUGCAUCGAGAAUGGAGAAAACGGGGCGUCUCUCAGGCAGCUGGCGUCAUCGCAGCCGUGCAAAUCCUGCGGGAUGCUACUUCUGGUGGAAAACGCUGUUAUACGAACUCAUGCUGAGACGCACCUCUCGGAAACGGGUUUGUGUCAGGUGUGUGGCACCUCUUUCUCAGACCGAGCUGCUGCUGUCGCUCACGCCCUCACACAUGUGGGCAUCUUGCUCUUCUCCUGCGAUGUUUGCGAACAUCAGUUUCGGACUGAAUCCGCACUGAUUCACCACAGGCGUCAAUCAGCUGCCAAGUGCGCCCCUCAAAAUCCAGACCAACUGAACGGAGCCUCCCAACGACAAGGAGGGGAACUGCAGUGCACCAUCUGUGCUAAAUCCAUGGCAAAUGAUUUUAAGACUGUCAGGGACCACCUUCAGAGCCAUGCAUGCUUGAGGACAUUACGCUGUGGAGUGUGCCAGCUGUCUCAGCCCUCUCGAUGCGCCCUCCUGUGGCACACACUGACACACCUCUUUCCUAUUUACACUUGUCCACAAUGCGCCAGCCCCUUCCUGGAGAGCACGCUGCUGGAAAGACACCUGUCUCUACACACAGAGGAAGGAGCGUCGGUGAAACAGGAUGACGGCAGCCCAGAGACCAGUGGAGAAGGCCAGGCUGAGCUGCGCUGCUUCCUGUGUCCGCAGACCUUCCACUCGGAAACCGCGUUUCAUUACCAUCUCAGCGUGCAUUCGAACGAGCUCCAGGGCAGCCAGGUAUGGCCGGCCAAGCGCAAAGCGGACCAGCUCCUCGAAUACUCCUCAUCUUCCUCCUCACCUAUGGAGGCGAGCGGCUCGGGUAAAGCAGGUUACAACUUAAGCCUGGGCUUCAGCAUGCAGGACAAAAUGGCUCACGGUGGCGCCUUGUUUCCUGCCGGACUCGUACUGAACGGUAACUCUGGUGGCGGAAGGGAAAAAUUGUAUCGCUGUCGGUAUUGCGGUAAGCAUUUCGCACACUCGGGCGAGUUCACCUACCACCUUCGCAUCCACACGGGCGAGAAGCCCUACCAGUGCAAAGUAUGCAUGCGCUUUUUCCGUGGCCGUUCCACCAUGAUCUGCCACCUAAAGACGCACUCGGGCGCCCUCAUGUACCGCUGCACCGUCUGCGGCCUGUUUUUCUCCACGCUCAAGAUGGUUUCCUCGCACAUGGAGCUCCAUAAAGACCAGCUGCCGCCCGAUUUCAACAUCGAGGAGACCUUUAUGUAUAAUGACCACUCUAAAGAGCCCAUCCCCAAUAUGGACACCUGAAAGUCGCCCUCUCUUAACGCUCCGUCACACUGUGUGCCCACGUUUACAGUCGUGGCCAAAAGUUUUGGCAGUGACAUAAA